AUGCGAUAUUAUCGAACUGACCAACCUUAUCCUCGUGGUGAACUGUGGGUUAAAACUGGAUCCACAAUUCAAGGUUAUUAUAAUAACUCAGUUGAUACUAACCGAUCGUUUGUAGACGGUUGGUUUUGUACUGGUGAUAUUGUUGAACAGAUUAAUGCAAGUCAAAUUAAAAUAAUCGAUCGAAAAAAGAACUUUUUCAAGAUGAGUCAAGGAGAAUUUGUUGCUGCUGAGCGCUUAGAAAACGUUUAUUUAGCAUGUCCGUUUGUGCGACAGAUUUUCAUCACGUGCGCUGAUCUAAUCAAAUAUAGUCAACAACAGAAUGCAGUUAUGGCCGUCAUAGUACCUAAUGAAGCUUUAGUCCUGGAUUGGGCAAUGAAAAUUGGUGAGAAAAGCAAAAAUUUUGAAGAUUUGUGCCAGAAUCCACUUGUAAAUCAGAUGAUUUUGACUGAAUUGAAAUUAGUAGCUGAAAAAAAGAAUCUUCGUCCAUUCGAAAUUCCUUGGGCUACUUACAUCGAACCAGAAUCGUUUUCAAUUGAAAAUCGAAAAAUGACUGCGACAAAUAAACUCGCUAGACCAGUUGUUGAUAAAUUUUAUCGAAGUAUCAUUGAUUCCAUUAUGGCUAAUAAGCAUAGAACCGAACAAACGUUCGUAGAAAAUGGUGGCGAUUCAUUGGCUGCAAUAAAACUUGCUGUAUUAUCAAGAGUAAGAGGUGGGGAAAGUAUCGAAACCGGCUUAUCCUCGUCAAAUUCGUCCUGGAAGGAGGAUAUCAAGCUUGAUCCAUCCAUUGUUGCAAAUGAGCCAGAAGUUGAUGGUAUUUUUUUGACUGGCUGCACAGGAUUUCUUGGAGCAUAUCUGCUCGGUGAACUAUUGACGCAGACGUCAAAAUGUAAAAUUUACUGCUUAGUACGAUCGUUCAAGUCAGAGAAAAUCACUCAGAUACUAACGUAUUAUGAUUUGUGGAAAUCAUCAUUUGAUAAAAAUCGAAUCGUGACUGUUAUUGGGAAUUUAACUCAUCCACAAUUGGGUCUAUCAGAUGAUGAAUGGACGCAAUUAUCGUCUAAAAUCGAUGUCAUCUACCACUGUGGUGCCAUGGUUAAUCACAUAAAAGACUACGAAACACAUCGAGCUACCAAUGUUCAAGGAACAAUAGAAAUUAUUAAACUGGCUUGUUCUAAACGAAUUCGGCUCAAUUACAUAUCAACAUUGAGCGUUUUAUCAGCAGAGAAUAAUAAUCUUUUAUACGAAUUUCAGUUACAAAAGACUGGUGGCUAUACACAAAGUAAAUGGGUUGCUGAAGCACUCGUCACACAGGCCAAAGAUCGCGGUUUACCAAUAACAAUUUUUCGACCAGGAAUGAUAUCUUGGUGUUCAACAAGUGGCAAAUGUAAUGAACAAGACUGGCUCUAUCGCCUGUUCACCGGUCUGAUUCAUCACGGUUCGGCACCUGAUGUUGAUUCUAUGAUGGAUUUAUCACCGGUUGAUUAUGUAAGCAAAGUGAUCAUAGAGCUAGGACAACAAAAGACAAGUAUCAAUGAAAUAUAUAAUAUACAUAACUCGAAUAAAAUGAUAUCCUUCAAAACAAUUUGGAAUGGUAUAUGUGAUGUCAUGAGGGAAGCACCUCAAUAUGUUGAGUUUGACGAAUGGUGGGAGGGUGUUUUGGCUAAAAUUGAGCAAGAUCGAACGAAUAAUAAAUUUUUAAAUGGAUUAUUAUUAUUUCAGAAUGGAAUUAGUGAAGAUGGCAAAAGCAGAAUAUCGAGCAAAAGCACAAUGGUCCCUUUCAAAGAGUGUACCAACACAUUUCUAGACUUAAAUGUAACCGUAUUUGCAAACGAACUACUAGAAAACUUAUCAAGCACAGACCUGUAA